UUUUACAUUUGCACCUCCUGAGUCCUGACCUUGAAAAUGGAUUUCAAAUCAUCCACUGGUAUAAAGUGCUCUCGCCAUUCAUAACCUUCUCAGUUUCACAGUUUUUCAAAUUUCAAAAAAAAAAAAAAAAAAAAAAAAAAGAAUUUUCGUGGUUCUUGGAUCCGAAAGAUCUUCUUGCCUUUUAGGGUUCGGAUCCUCCGAUCCGCUUUGUCUCUCCUCAUUAUCACUCUCUUGCUCUCUCUCUCUCUCUCUCUCUCUCUCUCUCAGAUCCUUCGAAGUCCUCGGCGUAUCUACUCGGUUGAAUCGGAGCUAAUGAAGUUCUGAUUGUUUGCGCGCUUCUCGAGUUUCCUUUGUGUAAUGGAUUCAGAUAAUGUAGUGUUGACUGAUGGGUAUGAGGUGGCCCAUCAAAAUGGUGCUUAUGAGCAAACUCCCGCCACUGUAGAAGAUUUUGUUAUUUCAGACAAUGUUAAUGUGCCUUCCAUUAAAAGUAAUGAGACUGCAGUGCCAAAUGGGAAUGCAAAAGUUGUUGCCCAUUUGGAUGAUGGUAUAGCCAAGAACUCAUCUUCUGAGGAAGUGAAAGAGGAAUCAAUUAACUCCAUUGCCAGCAAUGGUCUGACUGUUGCAAAGGAAGGGGAAGCAAAAGUCUCUGAUCAAUCGAAGCAGCCCAAAUCACAAAAGGGUUUAGGUACGAGCAAGAAUGGGAAACCCUCUAGCACCAAAAAUGAUUUGGGAAGUUCGUUGAAGAAGAACAAAGAUGGAAAGGCGGUGGAGGCAAUAUCUACUAUUCCAAACGGUUCUGUUGCUUCAAAUUCACAGCCAAGAAAAACAAUUAAAAGCAAAUCAUUUAAUGACCGAAAGCAACCUGUGAAGCCUGAGGCAGCAGCGACCGAGGGAAAUACGGAUAAACUGAAGCUGAAGCCUUUGAAGAAAGAACCUGUUAAUAAAGCUGAAGUGGAGGCUGAUACAAAAUCUUCUUCAAGUCCUACAGCAGGAGAGGCCAAACCUCCUAGGGUGGCUAUGCUUCCAAAUUAUGGUUUCAGUUUUAAGUGUGAUGAACGAGCUGAAAAGAGGAGAGAGUUUUACACUAAACUGGGGGAGAAGAUUCAUGCAAAGGAAAUGGAGCAGACUAAUUUGCAAGCGAAGUCCAAGGAAACUCAAGAAGCAGAAAUUAAGUUGCUGAGAAAGAGUUUGGCCUUUAAAGCAACUCCAAUGCCAAGCUUCUAUCAGGAGCCUCCACCGCCUAAGGUGGAGUUAAAGAAAAUACCAACAACAAGGGCUAAAUCUCCUAAGCUCGGACGCAGAAAGAGCUUACCUCCCACGGAAUCUGAAGGAAGUAGUAACCCCACCAACCAAUCCGGCAGGCUAAGUCUUGACGAGAAAGUUUCCAAGAAUUCCGCAAAAGGACCUGCUGUGCAACCAAGGAAGCCAGAACGCAAGUCUCUUCCCACCCUACCAUCUGAAAAGGCCUCUUUAGCUAAUGCAACAAAGGGGCGCAAAACAACUUCUUCCAAGGCAACAAAUGAAGAAAAACCCAGCUUGUCGAAUGCAAAUCAAGAGCAGCCAGUCGUAUCAGAUGGAACAAAUGAAGAGAAGAAGACAUCCAACGCAAACAGCGAAAAUGGAUCCUGCACACAAGAGGAGGUGGUUCCCAAAGCUGAGCCAAGUGAAGCUCAGACCAACACAGAUGAUGAUAAGCCAGUGAUUGAAGAGCAUACUCAACCCACCCUGGUUCAAGAACCGAUAGCAUAGGAGCUUUGAGCAAAAAACCGAGGACAAAUUUGAUGCAGAAAUACAAAGCUUUGAAUGGCUCCUGUAAUGGAAAUAAGAAGGGAAAGAAACUGCAAUUAUUGGAAGAACAAGGCAUGAAGAAAUUUGCUUUAUGGUUUGUGAUGUAAUCUUGUCCAUAGUCAGCAGCAUUGGUUAUUUUGUUUGAUUGCUCUCAUGGUUGCUGGUCUUGUCAUUGGUAUUCUGCAUUCUAGUUUGCAGCAUCGUAUGUAACUAUUUGCAAGGUUGUGAUCUAAUUUAUAUGUUGUCUUAGUCUCUGCCUUGGCUGCCGGAAUAUCGAAAAUAUUGGGAAAUUUUGGUAAAAUCUCAGUAGAUAUAGUUCGUGAUUGGAAGUAUUCUAAGCGUAUUCUGUUGAACAACUGGGAAUUGUUAGUCAAUGAAGGCUGAUUUUGUGUUGUGGACA